GCGGCCGCCCCGGUGCUCGCAGCGCUGCGGAGGCGCCGGGCUCUGCGGCGGGGCAGCCGCUCGCCGCGGGUGAGCUCCCGGCUGGGGCUGCUCGGCAGCACCGGGGGAAAGGGGAUGCGUCAGGGGGGGCCGGCAUCCCCCCCUCCCCCGGGGCAGCGGCGACAGCCCGCACCUGGCGCGGCCCUGCGUACGGGAGCGGAGGGAUGACCUCUAAGGAUGCUUCAGGUGAAGCUAAUAGUAACUGGAGAUGACUUUGGCUAUUGUCCUCGGAGAAACCAAGGCAUCGUGGACUGUUUCCUGGCUGGUGCGGUAUCUAACGUGUCCCUUUUAGUCAACGGAAGUGCUGCAGCAGAUGCAGCCAAGCUGGCAAGGAGAUACAACAUCCCAAUAGGCCUGCAUGCCAACCUCUCCGAGGGCUCUCCUGUAUGUGAGGUGCUCAAAACAAACUCUACUCUGCUCAACCAAGAUGGAUUCUUCCAUGGGAAAAUGGGAUUCAGAACAGCUCUAUCAAAAGGUCUCCUGAAUAUGUCAGAGGUGAAGCAGGAGCUAAAGGCCCAGGUGGAGCUGUUCCAUGAGCUGACAGGUCACCUACCUCCUCACAUGGAUGGGCACCAGCACAUCCACGUCCUGCCAGAGGUCAGGCACGUAUUUGCAGAGGUGUUAGAGGAAUAUGGGAUUAAGUACACACGUGUCCCAAUAGAGCCAGGCCUUCAUAACUGUGACUGGAUUCCACCAUCCCUGAUGGACUUUUAUCAGGGAGUAGAAGAAGAUUCUUUUAACACAGUCGAUGUGUUUACAAGGCAUGGAAUAAGGUGGCCAGACAUUUACAUAGGUUUGAGCACCAUGGGCAAGAACAUGUCCGUCAGUAACAUCGGGAGUGCCAUCGACACCGCCAUCCUGCAGCUCACCUCCCGGGCGCCCGCGCAGCCGACGCCGCAGAGCAGGACAGUGACGAUUGAGCUGAUGGUGCACCCGGGGUACCCCAGUGUCCCGCCCGUCGGUGGCUGUGGGGAAGGACCAGAUGAUUUCUCACAGUCCUGGGAGCGCCUCCAUGAACUCCAGACAUUAAUUAAGCCAGAGCUGCAGAGCCAUUACAAAACCAGGAACAUUCAGCUUUGUUCAUUCAAAGAUCUUUAAGUAAAUAAGCAUACGUACAUACAUUUAUUCCCACUCUGAAGACAGGCAGUUGCUAAUGUCCGGAAGCCAGACCACUGUUAUCAGUGCAGUUACCUCCUGGUACAGCUGACAGGAGCUGGGAACAGCCUGGGAACAGCAUCAGGAUGUUCAUGGAAGAGCAACACGCUGGGAGCAGCUACAGGCAGUGCCCCGACUGGCGGUUUUUAGGCCACAGCAUCUGCUCUGAAUGCACCAAACCUCUUCCACAUCACCCCCUCGGACACCAUUCCAGCGCAGUGCGGCAGCCAAGGGCCAGCUCUCCUCCCAGGGCUCAGUUCCUGCCCAGGCAAUGGUGAGCAGCACCAAGACACGCUUUGCUGUGAGGCCAGGGAGCACAUGGCACCCCGAGGGUUCUGAUCAUUUCUCUUUUUGGACUUGCCCGCAAAGAAUGAAAGGUGUUGGGGAGCAAGGGCUGCUUUGGAGCAACGGCUCGGUGUAGGCUGCCCACAGGCCUCGGAACCUUCAGCAUCUGGUUUUCUUAAAGCACUCUGGCGUGGUGCCUUCCCCUCUGCCCGUACCAGCUCAUCAGUGUUGGGGGCACUGGGGCACGUUACCCUCACAGCGUCUCUCUGCUCAGAGCAGUCGCGGCGCAGGUUGAGUGUGGUGGUGUUGCUGCCAUACGCCACCUCCAGCCUCAGCCAGCGGCGAGCACGGCUCUUCCCAGUUACGUUGCCUCUUGGCAUUGAGGCAGGAUAGGAAAGUAACAUCAGCCACAGCCCUUUCAGAGAGGCUUUUCUUUUUUUUUUUGGAUGACUUUGCAAGAACAGCAACUGUUGACCCAUCUGCUAUUUCAGUAACUGCUGCAUAUGAGAGCUCACCAGCAACUGUUCCUGCGCUGCCCACUGCCUCUCAUGAAAAACGUGUGGGAAGGCUGCGUACCAACUCUGAGCAAAUCUUCGAGUGGAAAAGGUCCUUGUAGUUGUCCAUUCUUGUUGUUGUCGUCAAAUCAUUCAAACUUCAGCAAGCCCUAAUAAUACUGAUACAUUUAACUGUGUUCUUAACUGUAGUCCUAUCACUCACACGUAACUUUCACAUGGGAAAAUUAUUUUUGAUUUGUACAGAAAAUUAGCAUAAACAGUGCUCUAUUUAGCAUAAUAAUUUUUGGUUAAUCAUUUUUUUAAACAUUUCAAUACGAUCAUCAUUUUUUUAAGUGAAAAAUAAACUCAGGCCUUUUUCUACUGUAAUGCUUCAGGAAGCUUUUGGUUUUAGUGGCAGCUGGAGAGCAAACGGAACGCACUCCCCUGCCUGCUCCAGUCGCGGGGUGCUGGAAGGUGCCUCUUUCUGUCGUCUGUGGGACCCGUCAGACCUUCCCUGUAAAACAUCUGAGGAAGUUUUUGUUCUGUACAAAUAUGAAAACCAACAUCAAGGAUGCUUUAGAAAAUAUUUUUCCAGGUUCCUUCCUAAGUUAUUGUCGUGAAAUUAAUUUGAUAUAUGACAAGUUUGUUUCUAACAAACCCCACCCACCGUACCCUGGAAGUGCUGCCCACCCGGCCGGGAGCAGCAGGUACCGUCCCGGCCCGCGCGGUUUCUGGGGCCGGUCCCCUCGGGCUCUGCUGGCGAAGUUCCCGCUGUGUGAUAACAGAGAAUAAAAACCCCCGAGGUGCCAGACCUGCAGGAAGCAGCUGCAGCUCCAGAGCACAGACCCGUGAGUGCCAUCUAGUGACCGAUGAUAUUUUAUUUACAUCAGGGUUAAGCCUGACAGCAACACUGGUUACUUAAUACCAGAGCUCAGCUUUUUAUGUAAUGUGACCGUAUUUUGAUGGAUUUUUUUACCCUUAUUUUUAACGUUUAAAUUGCUCCAUGUUCGAAUCGAUGAAUUUGCUCUGAUCACAACCAUCAGGACGUUACGCACUUGCUGACUGUUGUAUGUAUUUUCUGCCAGCCGAACACUGAAAACACGAGUUAGUUCUGUAUUGCAAACAAAAAGAUAUAUUUUGCAAAUUUUAUAUUUCAAAAUGAACAGCAUUAAACUCCAAAUUUUAUUUUAAAUGCAAGGGAGUUUUAAGUGGAGAAAUUAAUAACUGCUAAAGGCUUCUAAAUAGGGAACCUUUGAAUUGCAUAAAACAGGGAGCUAAGAAAGGAAGGUUGUCAGUGGUUCUAUCAAAAGCUUUAAAGAAAACACUGAGUUCAAAUUAAAACCCCAUUCAGACCACUACCUACAAAUGUCAUUGUGCCGGGAUACUGAAGAAGUCUAAACCCCAAGCCUCUCUGAAAAUAAAACCAUGCCACAA